CAGUCUGUGCCGUGAGGACAGAGAUCGGAAGAAGGAAAACAGGGACAAGAAAACAAGCGAGACCGAAGAGGACAUCUGGAGAAAGCGGAAGGCAGGAGACGGGGAGGGGAAAGCAACCCACGCCAGGUGGAAACAGGACCUAGAGCAAACCGGUCGGGUCCACAGUUGUUGUUUCUGGGAAGGAAGAGAGUACCAGAGGAUUGCCUUUUUUCCUGUCAAUUAAUGAAAACUACUUUUAUCCUCAUCAUAAAAGAACAGGGUAAGGGGAGGUAAAGACAAUCUGUUUUCUUAGGGGAAGAGGUGAGGGAAAUCCGGACUACCUCUUUGAAGCAUCUGAAAUAAGCCAUUGCCUGGUACACAUUGCAGAAAGGUCCUGGUUUCUGAAGAGCUACAUCCGUUUUCAGGAGAAUUCCAGCCGGAGUAGCUGAAAGAGAGAUACCUUUCGGAGGUUGAAAUCCUACUGAGAAACAUGGAAAAAGGAGCCAGGCACCGAAACAACACUGAAAAGAACCACCCAGGUGGGAGCGAGUCGGAGACCAGCCCCGAGACUGGUUCUGGAGGGGGCGGAGUGGCCCUGAAGAAAGAGAUUGGAUUGGUCAGUGCUUGUGGUAUCAUUGUAGGGAACAUCAUUGGCUCCGGAAUCUUCGUCUCACCCAAAGGUGUGCUGGAGAAUGCCAGCUCUGUGGGCCUCGCUCUCAUCGUGUGGAUCAUGACAGGCCUCAUCACAGCUGUGGGAGCCCUGUGCUAUGCUGAGCUUGGGGUCACCAUCCCCAAAUCUGGAGGUGACUACUCCUAUGUCAAGGACAUCUUCGGAGGACUGGCUGGGUUCCUGAGGCUAUGGAUUGCUGUGCUGGUGAUCUACCCCACCAACCAGGCUGUCAUCGCCCUCACCUUCUCCAACUAUGUGCUGCAGCCGCUCUUCCCCACCUGCUUCCCUCCAGAGUCUGGCCUUCGCCUCCUGGCUGCCAUCUGCUUAUUGCUCCUCACAUGGGUCAACUGUUCCAGUGUGCGGUGGGCCACCCGGGUUCAAGACGUUUUCACAGCUGGGAAGCUCCUGGCCCUGGGCCUGAUCAUCGUCAUGGGAGUUGUACAGAUCUGCAAAGGACAGUACUUCUGGCUGGAGCCAAAGAACGCAUUUGAGAAUUUCCAAGAACCUGACAUCGGCCUCAUCGCGUUGGCUUUCCUUCAGGGCUCCUUUGCCUAUGGAGGCUGGAACUUUCUAAAUUACGUGACGGAGGAGCUUGUCGAUCCCUACAAGAACCUUCCCAGAGCCAUCUUCAUCUCCAUCCCACUGGUCACAUUUGUGUAUGUCUUUGCCAAUGUCGCUUAUGUCACUGCAAUGUCCCCCCAGGAGCUGCUGGCAUCAAACGCAGUCGCUGUGACUUUUGGAGAGAAGCUCCUAGGGGUCAUGGCCUGGAUCAUGCCCAUUUCCGUCGCCCUGUCCACAUUUGGAGGAGUCAAUGGGUCCCUCUUCACCUCCUCCCGGCUGUUCUUUGCUGGAGCCAGGGAGGGCCACCUUCCCAGUGUGUUGGCCAUGAUCCACGUGAAGCGCUGCACCCCAAUCCCAGCCUUGCUUUUCACAUGCAUCUCCACCCUGCUGAUGCUUGUCACCAGCGACAUGUACACACUCAUCAACUAUGUGGGCUUCAUCAACUACUUCUUCUACGGCGUCACAAUUGCUGGACAGAUAGUUCUUCGGUGGAAGAAGCCAGACAUCCCCCGCCCCAUCAAGGUCAACCUGCUGUUCCCCAUCAUCUACCUGCUGUUCUGGGCCUUCCUGCUGGUCUUCAGCCUGUGGUCGGAGCCUGUGGUGUGUGGCACCGGCCUGGCCAUCAUGCUGACAGGGGUGCCUGUCUAUUUCCUGGGUGUUUACUGGCAACACAAGCCCAGGUGUUUCAAUAAGUUCAUUGAGUUGCUGACCCUGGUGAGCCAGAAGAUGUGUAUGGUUGUGUACCCCAAGGUGGAGGAGGACUCAGGGACAGAGGAGCUAAGCGAGGACAUGCAGCAGCAGUGGCAGCCCACUGCCCCCAAGGACAAGGAUGCAGAGGAGCCCUGAGGACCACCCUCCCCUCUCAGCUGCUUCCCCCCUCCUUCAUCCCCUCUCUGCCCUCCUGCCCUGCCUGGGUCCCCCAAACACACAGACACCCCUCUGCCUCUUGUCAAGCAGGGGCAGGACCUGGGUGUGGGUGGUGAGAAACUAUAAACAGAGAUUCUGACAUUUGUACCCAAAGAUCCAGCCUCCUCUCACCCCCAAGGCCUGUGUCUAAAGCCGUGGAGCUUCCAGGGGUGCCCUACACGGCCCUCCCUCCUGGGCCCACACCCUUAGUCGCUUCCUCAGGAACCUGAGUUCAGGGCUGCCUUCCCUCCCCAUUCCUGAGCCCAAGGGAAGCCUCAGCUCCAAGAGAAGUGGCAGCAACAGUGAGUCACUUGGGGACAGACUCGAGCAAAUCUGUUACCAUUAAAGGUCAGCUGAAGAGACCCAAAUCCCCCUCCCUUCACCAGUGACCGAAGACAUCAGAGGUGAUGCUUCCCUCCUCUGGCCCACCCCUCCCCCUCCUCCCUCCUCCCCCCUCCAACCCCCAGCCUGGGCCUUCUGUGCAGAGUGAGGUUCCUGUCAGGACAGCAUCUCCCCACUGACCUAAGGACCAAUGGGCAGGAGGACUUCCCCCUCCCCUAACCCCGGCCGGGCCUAUGGAACAGACUGGGAAAGGCUCAGAUUGUAGAAACCCAGCCUUGCCCCUGCCUCCUCCCCCCAACUCAGUGCCAAAGCUUCCUGAAGCCAGAAAGCUGCUUAUUUCCAAUGUAGUGGACAUUUCUCUCCUAAUGACAAAGGAGCUCCUCUCUUCCUCCCUCCCACCCCCAUGGGAAGGAGCCCGCCACCCUGUUACCCCCGCAGUGAUGCUCCAGCACAGCCCCAGGCAGCCAGCACUGCCAGCACCCCCAUCUUGCCCUUUUCCUCUUCUCUGGACUUUGGCUCCUGGGGUGUGAAGGCUCCCCAAGCCCUUCAUGCCUGAAAGUCGAGCCAAAUCAGCCUUAAGUCACCUCCCAUCCAAGAACUGGACCUAAAAAUACCCCCUUAUUUCCAGCCCUCCGGUCAGACCUGGCAUGAAAAGCCUUCCAGGGAGGGAGGGCUAUUUCCCAUCUCCCCAGAGGUACCCCUCCCAUCGCCUCGGAGACUGUUUGGGGAGAAAGUGUAUUCUGAAGGCCAGUUCCUCCCCCAACUCAGAUAACCCCUCCCUCCUUUCUGCUCACACCACUGUCCUGUCUGGACAGCCUCCAGGACAGGAUGAGAGGACAGUGGCAGAAGGUACCCACUUUGGAGGCUCUCGGAAAAGCCCGUUCUCUAUGGUUUGCAGACUUGUGGCCAUCCUGUCCUGCAGGCAGAAGCUGCCAUUCCCUGUGCUCCAAAGAAGGUGCUGGUGUUUGCCCUGGGCCCUUACAGCCUCCUAGCCACACCUGUUGUGCUAAGGACUGGGAUCCUUUUAUCCCAAGCAGGAGUCCCCCGCUUCCCCCAACUCCCCAUCCUGUCUGCUGAAACUGGAAAA